AUGCUGACUACCAGUGACACAUUUACAAAUAUGAAGACUGGUAAGCCUGAAUACUCAAGAGGGUGGCAAUAUACAGCAACCAAUCUUUUGGGCGAUAAAAGAGAGAGCAUGUGCAAGAAUGUUUUACUUCAGCGAUCAAUUCUAGGACGCAGUAAUACACAUUGCCUAAAAGUCCCUCCCCCACCAUUCACUUACGGAAUAAAAAAUGUAAAAACCAGUGGUGUCUCAGAUGCCCUUCACUGGAUUGAUGAUACCACAAUACGUCAGAAGUCUAAUGACCAUAUAUAUCUAACUCGGGACUUCGUGGCACUAAACUGUGAUAGUGUAAGGCAGGGAGUGACAACAAGCAAGGAAAUGACUCACUUUAGGGCGUUACACGAUAGAUUGAGAUCGAAGCAAGCGAAACGCAGAUCAAGAACGGAGUCACCAAAACUACAUUUGGAUGUCACUCAUGGUAUGCCUAACAAAGCCUCUACGCCAAUUCAAGAAAUCCUUUCAAACAAAUAUCAAAAAGACUGGAUUGACGCACAGAUGAAGAAACCAGACAAACUAGAAGCAAAAUUAGUUGGACUAACGAGCAUGUCCAGAAGAGUUAACCAUCCUGACACAGAUGCGAUGGUUAAAAGAAAUUGCAUGAGGAAAAAGAAAGAAGAGAGCUUCUGGAAGUUGAAGAGGUUUGAACAAAAUGCUGUCGGGCGGAUAAACACAUUUAGAAACGAAGAAUGUAGAAGACUUGCAUUUGAAAAAGAUAAAAGCAGUAAGAUAUCACGAAUCGGAUUACAUGGUCAUGGAAUCCAACGUACAGGAGAAUGUGCAUAA